AUGACCAGGGAAAAUGGAAAACGUACUCGCAAGCCCCGCACGAGGUUCAGCCCGGCACAGCUGAGGGCGCUCAGAGACGCAUCCCAGAAGACCCUGAGCCCAGGUGGGGCCACCAUCCGGAGUCUGGCGUCAGAAACAAGGUUGGACAUACAUGUAAUUCGGGUUUGGUUCAAGAACCAGCGAGCAAAAAGAAAGAGAAUGAAUCUGGAGAGGGGGAGUUUGCCAGCCCCCCAGCGCCUAGCAGGGAAUGAGAUACAGCUGGAGGUGUCUGAGGUCCCCUGGGCAUCCAGUACCCAGGGUAUUGAUGAAUUUAUCCAGAUGUAUUCGGUCCCCAGAGACGAUGAUUUCACUGGGCUGGAUCAGUAUCUGCUCCCCUCAGCCUCUCGCUGA